CCGGGAUCCCUUGGCCAAUGGCUCCGCAUCCUGAGCAUGGGCUGGACUCGCUCUAGGAGGAGUGACCCAUUCCACCUUUUCCCUUUGAAAGCUUGUGAGAAGCCACUGGGGAUAAAUGCUGUUCUUUUUACAGAAGGAUUUCUCUGUUUUGUCUUUGUUGAUGCCCCAGGAGACCAGUUAUGACAGCAAGAAGAACCCGAGGCCACUGGAAGACUGGCACAUGACCACCUGAAAAUAUAUGAAAAAAAUCCCAAAGAGAAGGAAGACAUGGCUGACGGUGGGGAUCUCUGCACUGUCACGACAGGAUCCAAGCAGCCUGGUGCACACGUUGGUCUCCCUGUACAAUGCCUCCUCCAUGGCCGAGCAGAAACGCCUGACCGUGCUGGCCCACCUGGCAGAUUCCGACCUCACCUGGCUCAAAGACACUACUGCCCGUAUUUCGACCCUCUUCAGCUCGGAGAUCUUGGCGGGGCAGUUGCUGCUCAUCCAUGCUCCACCUGCUGCCUACCCUACUGUGAGUGGCGGCCACGGUGCUAAAGCCUCCCGCGGGGAAGGCUACUCCAAGAACGUAGACCACGCCUUCCUGAUGAGCUUCGCCACAAAGCUCUCUGAUUACUUCCUGUUACUAGGGGACGCUGUCUUUUGUGCGCCCAACUUUGUCACCCACAUUUAUUCCAAGGUGACCGCCCUGAAGCCCAGCCCGUGGGUGCUGCUGGAGUUCUCGAACGUGGGCCUCAUUGGCAAACUCUUCCAUAGCAGGGACCUCCCCGUCCUGGCCCACUUCCUCCUCCUCUUCCACCAGGAGAAGCCCCUUGACAGGCCGAUCCUUCACUUCCGCACCCUCCUGGUCCAGGAAAAGCCGAUCCUCUGCAGACCAUUCCUCUUCUACCACAGGUUGUCCCGCCCCACCUCUGAUGACAAGGAGGACACAGUAGUCCCGAAAAAGAACCCUUACGGCCCUAGCAAUCCCUCUGCGUCUGUCUUCACCAACAUGAACGUUUCUGGUGCUCACUUUCCCUGGGAGGGCUACACUCUGGACGAGUCGUUCUUCUGGACAGAUGACAUCCGGCCAGGGAACCACUCCACCGUGGUUUUGAACCACCCAGCGAGGCUGAGCAGAGUGCAGGUGAUGACCGGCUCCAUCGUGGAGGGAAAGCACGCCCUGAGCAAGAGGCAGGUGCAGCUAGGCUACGACCCUCAGGGGAUGCCGCAGGACUGUGGCAACUUUGUGCUGCUGGGCUGGCUUCUGGCAGGGCAGAUGGAUUGGGAGAUACUGCAGGACAGCAGCGGACCGGUGAGCUGCGUAAGGCUGGUGGUGAAAGCCAAUCAAGCUGGUCUCAUGGUCAGGCAUAUCUACCUCUGGGAGAAAAACGCUGUGGAGGAAAACAUGGAUCAGAGUUGAUGGUGAAAUCAGUAAGAGUACAACAAAUAAAACCGGGAAGCUGCUUUA